UGAGACUGUCUGACAGAGAGCAAGAGUGUGUGUGUAUGUGUGUGUGUGUCUGUGUGUCUGUGUGUCUGUGCGUGUGUGUGAGACACAGAGAGGCAGCCGAGAUGAGAGUGUGAAGCAGUGAGAGGAAAAACCUAGAAAGAACAGUGAAGGCGAUCAGAAAGGGGGAGGGAGACAGCGAACACAGCAUAAAGGCAGAGCAGAGCAGAAGAAAGAGAAAAAGGGGACAGGGCAAGGACAGAAAGUGUGAAUGUUCUAUCUGUGAUGGUCCUAGUGCCAAAGUCAAGAGAUGCAAUGACUAGAUGACCAGCCACUACACACACCAGCAUCCUGUCCUGGAGCCUUGACAGGAGUGGACAAGAAAAAUCCACACACACUCAAAGGCAAAGCACUCUCUGCAAGCAGUCCCACAUCCACUGGACCAUGUCGUCUACUGGGCCAACCAACCACAACAAGCGUCUGGCACCGGAGACAGACAACGCUCAGCGGGUGUUGGACAAUGAUUCUGCUCAGCACCUGAAGUUCAGGGAGAGACAUCGCUUUUUUGAAGAGGUCUACCAGCAUGACGUGGACAACAACUUGCCCUCUGCUCACCUGCAGGUCGGCUGCAGGAAACCCCCUAUGGGAAGCAUCUCUUCUAUGGAGGUGAACGUAGACGUCCUGGAGCAAAUGGACCUGAUGGACUUCUCUGACCAGGAGGCUCUUGACGUGUUCCUAAACUCAGGCUCAGGAGCAGACGAGGGAGCGCUGGCUUCUCCACUACCAGAGGGUGAGGAUGAAGAAGAAGAAGAAGAAGAAGAAGAUGAAGAGGAUGAAGAUGCAGAGGUUGUGUACAGGGAGCGAGCACCUUUGAAACGACAAGAUGAAGUUCACCUCGGCUCAAAGUGUCGCAUGUCCUCCACCUCAUCUGGUUCCAGUGAUACCAGCGGGGGUGGAGUCGACACACCUGUGAUCCAGUCGGACGAUGAAGAAGUCCAUGCAGACACUCUGCUGCUGACCUCCGUACCCCAUACGAGGGAUGAAGAAACAGAGGAGGAAGACGAGGAGGAAAGAAGCCUUGUAACUAAAUCUCCCUAAAGACUGAAUGUUACUCUCCGUAGAGAUACAUGGCUAAAAAGAGUGUCAAAUGCAAAACUUUAUUUUGGGGAAAACCCUAGCACGGUUGACCCGCCUGCCUCUUUUGAAUCUUUCCCUGAGUACAUUGGAUUUUUAUUUACAACUUAAAAUCUAUUUUUCCUAGUGUUAACCACAAAUAUGUGUUGUUGAAACUCGUGGUGUCAAAGUCUCUCAUAUAUUAUUUGCAUAUAAAAUGAGUCAUCUCACUAUAAUGUGCUAACAUGUUCUGGCUGAGAACAUGUUUUUCUCCCCUCACUGCCAGAGGGAAAUAUGCCUCAUGCCUAUUGUUUUUAAAUGACUGCAGAUAGCAUACCUCUCAAAGGAGUUCCCAGCCUAACAGCGAUGACUAUAGACAGUGAUUGGACCGUGUUCAAAGAAGAAGAGAUGCAUUACACAGUAGUCAUGAAUCUUCCUUCUGUGUUUAAGAAGGUCAACAAAACCCAACAAAAAGUUGAAUUUAAAGUGACCAUGAAUCUAUUGCCAUGUGCAUGUGGAACUGUGUUUGUCAAAGCAUGAAAUUUUGUUCUUGUUAGUGAUUAUAUUAUAUGUUUUCAAUGAUGUAACUACAGAGUGUUCCAUUACUGUACUGAAUACUAAGUUACUCCUCUCCUCUGUGUGAGGUGUAAUGUAGGAGUUGCAUAUAGUAGACUACAGAAUGUGGUGAGUGAGUGAUGCAGCUGUGUGUGUGUGUGUGUGUGUGUGUGUGUGUGUGUGUGUGUGUGUGUGUGUGUGUGUGUGUGUGUGUGUGUGUGUGAGCCUACGACUACUUUCAAAACAUCCUUAUUUCAGUGUUAAUCAUGAUGUGUAUCUUUUCCCCACUUGCUCCCAUCUUGCUAUGAACUAAAUAAAAAUGAAACAGCG